GAUUUUUUUUUCUUUCAUUUGUUUCAAUUUAAUUACUUUGAAUUCUUCUUCUUCUUUAUCCUCUCUAUUUUCUUCCUUUUUUUUCAAUUUCUCUUUUCUUCUGGACGAUCGCCGGAGAUUCAAUCGGAAAAUUCACCAACUGUUUAUGGAUUGCAGAAGCAGAUCCCUAUCAGCAUCGCCGUCCGCCUUCUCCGCCGCCGUCAACAACCAAUAUCCGAUUCUUCAGUUUUCAUCUCAGCUCUCUAAUCCUUCAUAUACUCCUUUCACCCCGUGGAUACGAUACCUCCGGUUCAGUUUUUCCUGAUUUAUCUUUCAAUUUUUUUUAUGCGAAGAGAACUCCCAAAGGUAUAUUGACGAUUUUGCCCUUGAUUCCUGCUUACAUGUGUUUACGAAGAAUUGUUUUUCUUAAACUGAAGGUUGGAUUUUUAUUGCUUUAUAAAAAAAAAAAACAAAGGAAAAUUUGGAGUUUAGUUGUUUCUGAAUGGUGUAAAGGUUUUGUAUGUUGUAGGAAUUCGUUUAUUUUAUAACUGUGUUGUUUGGACCAUCCUGUGCACACCUAGACUACGGAUACCCCCAUCGACAACAUAUACCAUAAGUAACCUAGAACAAAUAGAAAGAAAUCACCUUGUGUUUAGUUUCUGGAACCUUGUCGAUCUCAAUUCACUCCAUUGACCACCAAGUCACACCCUUAGGUUAAGCUUUAAGAAAUUAUAAGUUUAGUGAAGCUGAUAACUAUUGGACAUUAAGGCUUUGAUUAGGAACAUAUAUUACUCUCUCUGUUUACUUUUACUCGUGUGCUAUUCAAAUAAUUGUUUUUCACUUUAAUUUGGCACUUUUAACCUAUAUUGCUUGGACUCUCCAAAAAUGCAGCCGCACCCGUGUUGGAUCUUCUAAAAAGAGGAUCCGACAUUCACCCAGUAAAAUGUUUGAAGAGGCCGAGCAACAUAGCUUUUAAAUAUUGAGAAAAGACCAAAAAAUUUUCAUGUUUUACCCUUGGUGUUAAUCACUUAUUCCCCAAAUUAUUUUUCAAGACCUUAUACUAAACAUCAAUUAAGAUGGGCAUUAUGGUAAAGUAUUCAUAUCAAUCAUUGUUUCUUAAGAGACGUGUAAAGUCUUAAAAGUGGAUAAGUAAAAGUGAACGAAGGGAAUACUUGAUAUUUUCCUAAAGUUAAGCUAAAGUUUGGAUUCUUACUGCUAAAAAAAAAGGUUGGAUGUUUACUGUUUCUGAAUGAUUGCUAAGGAACUGAAGUCCUUAGAGAUUUGAAAUCUUACUGUAGGUGGUUAUUGAAGGACAUGAAAGUUUUGAACAGGAAUACAAAAUUGAUUGUAGUUCUCCUAAAAAUGAGCUAAAGGUUGGAUUUUUACUACUUUCAAAAAAAAAAAAAAGUAGAAAGGUAGAGAUGGUUGGAUUUUCAGCUUCUAAGUGAUGCAAACGUUUUGUGUCGUUAAAAAUUUUAAUUUUACUGAAGGUGAUUGUAGGAGGACAUGAAGAUUUCGAACAGGAAUAUUGUUAAUGUAGUUUUCGUAAAUUUGUAGCUAAAGGUUGGAUUUAACAGCUUCUUAGUGAUACAAAGGGUUUGAGAUGGUUAGAAAAUUAAACUUUACUGAAGGUGAUUAUUGUACGGCAUCAAGAUUUUGAACAGAAAUACAUGUUAAUUAUGGUUUUCCUAAAUUUUUAGCUUAACGUUGGAUUUUCUGCUUCUGAAUGCUGCAAUAAGUUUGAAAAUGUAGAAAGUUCAUGUUUUUACUAAAAUUAUUGUAGGAGAUAAGCUUUGUAAAAAUUGUUUUUUACUUUUAUGUACAAUUGGAGAGGUAGAUACCAUACAAUGUUUUAAUUGGAUCGGAUUACUCAAAUUAAUUUGCAUCGUGGUAACUGAUCAAAAGGUCACUAGUAGAAGUCCUAGUGGUUGAGGUGGGGACUAACUACCUAGAGAUUUCAAGUUUUAAUCCUAGCUUGAACACUUGAUGAGUUCACCUGAUCUAACCUUGGUGAGCAUGAUCACAUCAAAAACCUAUGCUUGUCGGUUGGACAGGCUGUUCGUUGAAUUAAUCAUGUGGACACAAGCUAGCCGCGACACCAUAGAUAUUAAAAAGGAAAAAAAAUGUAGACUGAUCUAAAGUGGAGAUCUUAUGAUAGUUGGUAGUUUAGAAUGAAUCUUCAUAGUUAAACAUCAUUUUUCAACCAGCCUUAUUGCUUGUAUUAUCUUUCAUUUGAAAUUUGAUGUUGGAAUUUUUGUGCAGUUUUGAACUCUUUCAGUAAAGCUGUCAUUUUUUUAAUAAUCCGGAGCCAAAACUUAAACUUGAAUUAAGGAGACACUAAUUAAAUUAUAGCCAAGAAGAGGUGGUGGUGUGGCACUUGAAAUGAUUUAAGUGCUUUCAAUGUCAACUUAAGAUGGCUGCUUCUACGAGUGUGACAAGUCCUCUACAUAAGAAGAUGUCUGGGAGGAGGGCUAAGACUUCUGGUUGGGCUGCAUUUGACCUUAAUGAGAGACUGAAGCAACAAAAUCUUGAGCCAGAGCCUGAGAGAGAAACCUUCCCCAACUUAUCCGUUCCGCCCACUUCCUUAAGGGGUCCAUCUCAAAGCAUCGCAAAGAACAGUGGAGCAACUCUAGAGAAGCCUUUUUCAUCCUUGCUGCUACCGUCUGUAAGUUUUCCAUCUUUAAUGGCUACUAAAGAGUCUGAUGCAAAUCAUAGUCAAGUUGGCGAUUCUUGUUUCAACCAAACUGAUGGUUUUAUCCGAGAAAGAGGUUUUCUAGAGGUGUGUCGAAAGCUGAAAGAGCUACAGCCAUGGGCUGAUGACACCUUGAUCGCAGAUGUCAUGGCUGGUGUAAAUGAUUUCAAUAAGGCCUUGACAUUGUUGGAUGCAAUGGUAUCUCCUUAUCAUACAUAUGUUGCACAUGACAACAGAACAACUCCAGAAGAAACAGAUACUCCCUACAUACAAAACCUUAAAGACGUAGACACAGAUACUAAAGGGGUCAAGUCUAGUAGUAAGGAUUCUCUCAUGAAUAUUAACAAGUUUGCUGCUAAUAAAGGUGUGUCAUUGACAGACAAUGUGGAUAUGGAUGAAUUGAGCCAUGCACUUGCCAAGUGUCUUCAGAGCAACAGUCAGGAACUAAUAAAUAACUGUGUUUCUCACGAGAACAAACUUCAUUUUGAUGGAGCAGUGGGGAGUAUGAGCUUUGUACCGGUUGAGCCUGAGUGGGAAGAGGAUGAUAUUUACUCGAUCCAUCGGAAGGAUGCAGUGAAGAUGACGAGGUCAGCAGCCCGACAUUCUAAGGCUGCCAGUGAGGCCUAUCUCAGAGGAGACCACUUUUCUGCCCAACAUUUUUCUCUAAAAGCCCAAGAAGAGUGGGAUGCUGCUAAUAGGCUAAAUGCCCAGGCUGCAAAAGAAAUUUUGACUGCCCGCAACGGUAAGAAUGAUCAAUGGACACUGGACUUGCAUGGUCUUCAUGCAAAAGAGGCAGUUCAAGCCUUACAAGAACAUUUGCAAAAGAUUGAAUCUCAGGUGGCACAGAAUAAGCGCAGCUUUGGAGCUGCUGUCUCUUUUGAUGUGGAGAAUGAGAGCAAAGGGUCCCACCUAUUGAAUAAGCAGCGGCCAGCUUUCUUAGAGGUCAUAACAGGUAAAGGUAUUCAUAGCCGGGGACAAGCUGCACUUCCAAUGGCUAUAAGAAGCUUUCUCGUGGAGAAGGGAUAUCGUUAUGAGGAGACAAGGCCCGGGGUGAUCACAGUUAGACCCAAGUUCCGACCACGAUAAAUACGUUCAUAUGUAUAUUUUGGGUCCCAAUUUAGUGCAUUUAUUUCUGUUGCUAUCAACUUUGUCCUAGAGAUUUUGAGUCUUGAACUGGUCUUAUAAAAACGACCAGAAACCUGUUGUGGUUAUAUACUGUUGAAUAUUUCUGUAAUUGUAUACCAUCAAGUUGUAUGUACUUUGCUGAUUUCUCCACA